UGCGGGAGUGACAUUCGGUGCAGAUCACCGCCCGGGAUUGAGCAGGGGUUUCCUCCGGGCUCUGCCGCUGCCUCCAGUCCUCUUCUUCUUCCGCCAUGGUGGCCACCCGCUGGGGAAUCUGCUCCGCAGGGAAGAUCGCCCACGAUUUCCUCGUCGCCCUGAAGACGUUGCCACCCGAGGAUCACCAGGUAGUGGCCAUUGCUUCUCGAGACCUUAGCCGGGCUCAGGAAUAUUCGAAGAACCACGGCGUCCGCAAAGCCUACGGCUCUUAUGCGGAACUGGCUGAGGAUCCAGAUGUGGAUGUGGUGCACAUAGGGGUGAUUAAUCCAUAUCACCUCUCUGCUGCCCUCCUCUUCAUCCAAGCUGGGAAGAAUGUGCUCUGCGAGAAACCCCUGGGCAUGAAUGCCACUGAGGUGAAGAAGAUGGUGCAGGCAGCUCAGGAAAAAAAGGUCUUUUUUAUGGAGGGUUUAUGGAGUCGUUUCUUCCCUGUUUCGGAGAAGAUCCGUUCCUUACUCAGCAAGGGUUCUGUUGGGGAGGUGAUGUUAUUUCAUGCUGAAUUUGGUAGCCCACAGCUCACAAUCCCCAGAUGUGUGGAAAAAGAGCUGGGAGGCGGAGGCCUUCUGGAUAUUGGCUGCUACUGUGUCCAGCUUGCCUGUAUGGUCUUCAACAGAGAGAAGCCAGAGUCCAUUGUGGCCUCUGGAUUGCUGCAUGAUACAGGGGUGGACAAAACGGUUUCGAUCAUCCUGAACUAUUCAGGUAAACGCCAGGCUGUCCUCACCUGCACCAUGACAGCCCGGAUGCCCAAUCGAGCAAGUAUUAACGGCACCAAGGGCAUGAUUGAGAUUCCGUCCCCCUUCUGGUGCCCGACAGAACUGGUGAUCAAUGGACAGAAGGAAGAGUUCCCCCUGCCUCCGCCAACUCAGAAAUUGCACUUCACCAACAGCACCGGCUUGCGAUAUGAAGCAGAACAUGUCCGACAAUGUCUCCUGAAAGGCUUGAAGGAAAGCCCUAUCCUGACUCAUGCAGACAGCGAGCUGGUCAAUUCCAUCUUAGAUGAAGCUCGCCGGCAGGUGGGAGUGUUGUACCCUCAAGACAAAGCAUGACACCCUCCCGGUUCUCUUUGCUUGAAUCUCGGGGUCCCUGUAUUCCUUACUCAGCCAAAAUGCUCAC